GUUUUUGAUCCAAAUUAAACAAAAUGCCUUCAAUUUUGAGUAAAUUUUUCUCACCCGAAUGGAAUGUACCGUACAAUUGUUAUGAAAUGGGACAUGGAUGGACACCAUAUUGUUCAGCAGCGGCAUUGGAAAUUGGAUUGAUUGUGUUUCAACAAUCAUUGAAACUUUAUGCACCACUUUAUCUGGGACAAACAAUAUUGCAGAAAAAAUUUGAUCAAAAAAAUCUAAUGAAAACCACACAAAGCAUUUUACGUUCAUCAAUAUUUUUGGGCGCCAAUGCAUUUCUUGUCAUUCUGUUUCUUUGUCUUAGUUUACGUAUUUCGGGCCGAUUUUAUUAUCCAUUGAAUGCAUAUUUACCCAGUUUUUUUGGUUCAUUAUUGGCCAUAUUGAAUGAACGGCCAUCACGUCGUAAAGCAUUGGCAUUUUAUGUUGCAAAUAUUGCCUCAGAAAUUACAUAUAAAAUUUCCAUAUCACGUGGUUAUAUACGGCCAUUGCCCAAUGGAAAAUAUUUAUUAUUCACAAUGGCAAUCAGCAUUUUGUUGUUCAUCUAUGAAAACAAUUUAUUACGUGAUCCGUUGAUUUGUUUUAUUUUUCAAUUGGUAAUUGGAAAUCGAAAUAGUCGGCGACAACAACCACAACAACAACAACAACAACAUGAACAUGAAAAUGACGAUGAUGAUCAAGAAUCAAUAAUUGAAUCGAACAAAAAUCUCUGGAAUAAAUGUUGGUGGUGGUGGUGGUGGCCAAAACAUCUCGGUCGAUUCUGGUGGUUUACAAUAAAGAAUCGUUUUCCAAUUCUAGCCUUUAGUCAUCCAUACUGCAGUCAUCAUCAUCUAGGAUAUUCUUGUUUUGAAAAUAUUUUAUUUCAAAGUUUUUUAAAAUCAUUUACACUUGGUUGGUUUUCACAGCUUGGUUUACGUUUCAUAUCGAAAUUAAUGGCUGGCCAUUUUCAUGAUGCAUUCAACAUUUUUCGACCAAAUCAUUUGAUUUCAUCAUCUAGAUAUUUGUCAUUUGCAUUGUUUAUAUCAUCAUUUUCUACUGUUUAUAAUUCAUCCAUUUGUAUGCUGAAUCAUUUCAUUCAUCAUCGAUCAUGGAAUUGUUUAUUGUCAUCAAUUUUAGCAUCAACAGCAUCAUUUUCAUUAUUUUCCACACCAAAUACAUCAAUGUCAUUGUAUUUAGUAUGGAAAAGUGUUGAGGCACUAUUCAACGUUGCUGUCAUGAAAGGAUACAUACCAUGUGAUCGAUUAUGGAUAACAAUAAUCUAUGCCAUUGCAUGUUCACAAAUAUUCUAUGCAUCCAUAUUGGAACCAUCACAAAUGAAACCAUCAUAUAAACGUUUUUUGGAUUCUAUUUGUCAAAAUCGUUUACAAUACAUUAAUCGUAAUGUACUCGAAGUAUUUGGUACAAAUGCAUCCAAAGGUUAUGAAUAUUUUCUACCAUCAUAUGAUCUUCGAUUCACCACUAGACAAUUUCAAGAAUCUGUAUUAAUAUGGCUUUUUUAAAUCAAUCAGUUCGAUAUAUAAAUAUGUGUGUUGGAGUUGGUGAUAGAAAAAAAAAUUAACAUCUCCUCACGUGCAAAAAAAAAACUCUGUACUUUUUUCUCCAAUCAAUCAAUCAAUCAGUCAAUCAACCAAUCGAUAGAUUGAAGAUUAAAAAAUUUGUCUAUCUUUGUAAGAGGACAAAAAAAAAAUCUCAUAUUACAAGACAAUAAUCGUAUAUCGUACACGAGGGUAUACAUGUAUUGCCAUCAUCAUCAUCAUCAUCAUCAUCAUCACCCCAAUCUCAAAUGAUUAAUAAUCAAAAUCAU